AUGUUAAUUGAACCUCCGAUCUCUAAUACGAAUGAUGUCACUUUUAAAUCGAACGAAGAUAGUACUACUGUUACGCAAGUUGAUUUAACACUCACUCAUACUAUCGAUUCUAAUACUAAUGCCACGCUUCAGCAAGUUGAUAAUAGCACACAAAUUAACGAUAUCAAUGUUAAUGACGCGAAAACUGAUGAUACCCAAACCGAUGAUGUCCGGGUCGGUAAUAUUCAGUCUGAUACUCAGUUUGAUACUCAGAUUGUAACUCAUGAUACUCAACUUAACGAUACGCAGGCUGAUGAUUCGCAGGCUGAUGACAAUAAAAUUAAUGAUACCAAAGUUGAUAAUACUAAAAUUAAUGAUACCCAGGAUGAUAAUACUCAAGUUAAUGAUACCCAGAAUGAUAAUACUCCAGUUAAUGAUACCCAGGAUGAUAAUAUUCAAGUUAAUGAUACCCAGGAUGAUAAUACUCAAGUUAAUGAUACCCAGGAUGAUAAUACCCAACAUAACGAUAUGUCAGAUGAUAAAACUCAACUUAACGAUAUACAGGCUGAUACGCAAGAUAGUAACACACAAGAUACCCAAGAUGAUACACGACUUAAUGCUGUAAUAAUCGUUCUUGUUCGAAAUUCUGAAUUACACCAAUUACGAAGAACUAUGAGAUCUUUUGAAGAUAGGUGGAAUAAAAAAUUUAAUUAUCCUUAUGUAUUUCUAAAUGAUCAAGAGUUUACCGAUGAAUUUAAGACUAUGACAAGUGCCCUUACAAAUGCAAAGACUUCUUAUGGUUUAAUACCACAACACAUGUGGGGCUAUCCACCAUGGAUAGACCAACAAAGAGCCGCUGACACUCGUAGAGAUAUGGGUUUCAGGCAUGUCUUGUACGAAAAAUAUGAUUAUUAUUGGAGAUUAGAACCCGGUGUUGAUUUUACUUGCGAUAUUAACUACGACGCUUUCAAAUUUAUUAAAGAGAACAAUAUUACUUAUGGUUUUACUAUUGCACUUUUAGAAGUAUCUGAGACUAUUCCUACUCUAUGGAAAUCUGUAAUUGAUUUCUUUUAUAAAUACCCUCAAUUUAUUUCUGAUAAUAAUUUUGCUAGUUUUAUAACCCCAGAUGACAUGGCUACUUAUAAUGGAAGCGAAAAAUACCUCAAAUUUUUUGAUUUUCUAGAUCAUGCUGGUGGUUUUUAUUAUGAACGGUAG